UAGAGCACUGCGACUCCGGUGGCAGCGUGUUACUGCGUGCGAGCGCGAGUGGCCACGUGAACCAAUUGUUGCGCCUCGGUCGGAUCGAACAACGCAACUCCUCCACCCCCCACCUCGCCGAACCCAUCUCACCGCGCCGCUGAAUACAAAAGGGCGCGCCCCGCGAUCCCGUCGGAAGUUGCACCGACGACGACCAACGUGCCUUGCCACCGCGAUGGCCUACCGCCGGAAGCCCUAUCCCCAGGCCCAGCCGCCGCCCUCCUUCGAACUCCACCACCCGCCGUCCGUGGGCCCCGCAUCCCCGCCGCCGCAGGACUCGCUCGCCGCGCAGGCCAUGCGCGCCUCCGCCGCCCACCGCGACGCCUCCUCCCUCGCCUCCGCCUACUCCUCCUCAGCCUCGGCGGCCGCCCGCCGGAGCCACCACGAGCCCUCCGUCUCCACCCCGUCCCCGGAUUCUUCAGUUUAUGAAUAUGCAUCCAUGAAGAGCUUGAACGAGGCCAAGUACGGAUUCUGGGGCGCGCUUGCACGGAAAGCAAAGUCAUUUCUCGAUGAGGAUGGCUCCCCUGGGCAAUAUGAAUCACCUACGAGGCAGGAGCCACCAAGAGAUGGUGCGUCAGUUGGUUUCAAGCAUCAAUGUUCACAACAGCCGCCAGGAGAGACAUGGAAAUCUGGGACGUCUCCAUCUCAGAAGAGAUCUGAGGCUAUAACUUCCUCCCUUAACUAUAUUGGAGGCACAAUAAAAAGUGCACUUGAAGAAGGUCGGACCAUUGUAGAGAAUAAAACAGCCGGCAUUAUUCAUGAGACACGCAAAUUGAACAUAAGAAGAAAAGAAUCUUGUUCAAAUACACAAGGAGAAGCUGCCCACAAACUUACUCAAAUAUAUCUUCCUCAAAAUCCACUUGACCAUGAAACUCAGUUGAAGGCAUCUCGCGACGUUUCGAAUGCCAUGGCUGCAAAAGCAAAGCUGCUAUUACGUGAGCUGAAGACUGUGAAGGCAGAUUUAGCUUUUGCCAAGGAACGUUGUGCUCAGCUUGAAGAAGAGAAUAAAAUGUUGCGAGAAAGUUAUGAUAAGGGAGACAAUCCAGAAGAUGAUGAUAUGAUCCGCCUCCAGUUAGAAACACUAUUAGCUGAGAAGGCGCGGCUGGCACAUGAGAACUCUGUAUAUGCUCGAGAAAACAGAUUCCUGCGAGAAAUUGUGGAGUACCACCAACUUACUAUGCAGGAUGUCAUAUAUGUAGAUGAAGGCAUCGAAGAGGUCACUGAGGUAUACCCUACACAAGUAUUACCACGCACUGGUUCCAGCCUCAGUCGCACAGCAGCUCCAGCUACACUGAAACCUGCCAGUUCAUCUCCAGCUUCAACAUCAAUCAUCGUACCGGAGUCUUGCCCCAUUGUACCAGCUUCUCCAAAAUCCCUCUCGCCGGCUUCGUCUCUUAGCAAUAAGGCAAGCCCGCCACCACCAACCAUUGCAGAAUAGUAAGGUGGUCUUUAGUGAUACAUUUCAUACGCCAUUGUUCAUGUUAAUCAAGGUUCCGCGGUUGUUAUACCCUAGUUUGUGUGAUAAUAACUGAAAUGUCAGUUGCAAUGGAGCGUCAUGUGAUACAGGCCUAUGCUUUCUUGCGAGAACGCAAUCAUAGUCUGUCUUCAGAGAAUUAAGUAUCAUAAAGCAAGCAAUGCAAGUAAGCCAUACGUUUUUGUGA